AUGCUUACACGUCUUGUUCGCGAUCAUAACCAAAAGCAACAAAAUAUUCGGCGUAACAAUGAGCAAUUACGCAAAGAAGUUAUCCAGUCCGUAUCUGAAGUAUCAGAUGCGUUAAGUGAAUCUUUGAAUGAAAGAGUUGCAUCAGUAUUCAAAACACAACGAGAGAUAGAGUCAGAAAUACGUAAAUUGUCCGUACAGACGAGCAAACACACAAAACAGGCGAAACAAUGGAUAACUUUGAUGGAUGGACUGAGUGCUGCAUUGAAGGAAAUAGGUGAUGUACAAAAUUGGGCGGAGGUAAUUGAACAAGAUAUGCGUGACAUUGCGAUGACAUUAGAAUAUGUGCAUAGAGGUACAAUGGAUGGAGAAUCAGUUGAUGUCACUGACACUAAUACGCAUACAUUGACGUCCGCGUCUACAUCUAUUCCUCUUCCUCCUUCAUCACAUACCACAUCACCUGGAUCUUUAAAUGAAACCAGUAGUACUGCCACUUCUACCGUUGAUCAAAACAUUAUCGAAAAAAAAUCUUUAUAG